AUGAGCGACCCUCAACGCGAUGCCCCGCCGUUGAGCGCCCACAUUCCCGCUACCACCACAACCACGACGGUUCUGCCUACGACAAACGGCUCUGCCAAAGGCGACGACGUUCCCGAUGCCGGACUGAGAAGUCUCGAUCACUACAAGCGCGCCCUGCCAAAAUGGCGGUACAAUCUACGCCAACAGAUGCUACCUCUGAUCCGCUGGGAGACACCCUACCUUGCGUGGAUGCAAGAGAGGUUGCGGACUCCAGCUCUCGAUAGCUACUUCGCCAUCACUGCCAACCUUGGAACCCAUACCUUCUUCAUGAUCGGAUUACCCAUCUGCUUCUGGUGUGGUUAUGCAGCAUUUGGCAAGGGACUUGUACAUAUUCUUGCGCUCGGUGUCUUCUGGACAGGCUUUAUCAAGGACUUCUACUCUCUCCCGCGACCACUUUCGCCUCCUUUGCACCGAAUCACGAUGUCUGGUUCUGCAGCCCUCGAAUAUGGUUUCCCUUCGACCCAUAGCGCCAAUGCCGUAUCUGUCGCUGUCUAUGCGCUUCUGAUACUACGCAGUCCCGAUAACACGCUAGCUCCAACCACGAAGUUCGCACUCGAAUGCCUCUCAUACUUCUACGCUGCUUCGAUCAUAUUUGGGCGCUUAUACUGUGGCAUGCAUGGCUUCCUCGACGUAAUUGUUGGGUCCUUCAUGGGUGCCGCGAUUUCUCUUCUCGAAUUCUACUACGGACCUCCCCUGGAUGAAUAUAUGCACUCCAGCUCUUGGGCUGCGCCUCUUGUAGCUGCCUUGAUUAUUCUUAUACUCGUACGCAUCCACCCUGAGCCGGCAGAUGACUGUCCAUGUUACGAUGACAGUGUUGCCUUCGCUGGUGUUGUCAUUGGUCUCGAAUUCGGCACUUGGACGUACGGCAAAAUUGCGCUAGAUCCUUGGGAGACUCAUGCGCAUGGAGGAGGAUCAGUGGAUAUUACGCACUUGGGAUUGACUGCCAACGUGGCUAGGAUCGUUUUCGGCGUUCUUGUCGUCUUUGCGUGGCGCGAGACGAUGAAGCCUCUACUGCUUAAGCUCUUGCCUCAUCUAUUCCGAAUAUUUGAACAGGUUGGGGUGAACAUGCCUCGACGGUUCUUCACUCCUGCUAGUAAGUAUAAGACUGUACCAACAGGCUCUCGUAUCGAUACGCUUUUCCCUUCGCCGUCCGACUUCCCACGCAUGGUUGAGAGUAUCCGAAACCCUACCACCCGAGGUCGCUCUGUGUCGAUUGGUCCUCAGAGUGCCGCAGAUGCAUACGAGACCUUGGCGUAUAGAGAGCGCAAGCGACGCGAGAGUGUCAGCAGUAACCAUAGCUUGAAGAGCAAGUCAAGCAACCUGGAGCUCCAGACCACGCAUGAAGACUAUUCUGGCAAGGGAGCUCAGGCGUCUGGUGCACAGGCAAACCGAAUCGUCGAAUUCGAGCAGAUGAUGGGGACCGGCGAGGUUGUGACAACACCAGCCGCCGAUGAUGAUCGGGUUGAGAUAUUUGUUACGGGUACCGAGGACGGGUUGGGAGAGCGGGAGAUGUUCUCGCAAUUAAUCAAACCUCGUGUGCGAUACGACGUCGAGGUCGUGACUAAGCUCGUUGUUUACACUGGUAAGUUUACGGAAUUUUUCUCUGACAAGAGAAAUGGUUUGCUGACUGGUAUGACAGGUAUUGCUUGGUUUGCAGUGGCUAUUAUCCCCAUAAUGUUUGAGAUUGUGGGCUUGGGGACGAAUCAGUUACAUGAACGAUGA